AGUGCCCGAAGAUUGGACGCUCUGGUUCUUUUUCAUCGCGCUUAGCUAUAGUCGGUCUAGUAAGCGCAAGGAGCGAUGAAGGGUCCUUCUUCUCUUGACGAGCCCAAAGCGUCCGUCCUCUUCAUGCCUAACUGAGGCCGAGCAUGUUGGCACAAGCCUAUUCUAACAGCAGAACAAGCGAACUUAAAGAAGGUGGUCUUUUGAAUUCUGUGCCUUCUCAGCUGCAAAACAGCUAGGACCUUCCAAAGUCUGCUCGAACGAAAAAAAACACCACUGAGAGCACACGAAGGGUUCAAAUUCUCACUCGGCCAGUGGUGGUGGGGGAGUUGCGGUGGGUCACUUCGAUUGAAGAUCACUGCUCGGUGUUAUGUGGAACUUGGACCGAUUGGAUUAAAGGUGGAACUUGGACGGACGAGACCCGUGAUCCAUGGCUUUUGAGACAGGAUUUGUCUGUGUGACACUCAUAGGCACUAAGCUGAUUAAGUGCUCUAUCGUCAAGAGGCUUUCGGUGUCUUUUCGUUGCAACAUAUUGUCACUGUCUGUAGGCUGUCAUUUAUCUUGCUGGUGAUUCAAGUGGUGAUGAUAUUGCUUUCUCCUUGAUCAAAGACUUGCUUGAAAGUCAAUUGUAACGUUCAUUUCUACGUUUGACUGGCUGUGACCAUGUCCGGAUUUAACCCCAAGCUUCAUUCUGAAUAUAAAAGCACAUAUCGAUGGCACGAGUUCAAGCCCAACUCCGGCGAAGUGGUCGUGGUUCGAAAGCCUCCCCAGCCCAAACUGGACGAUUUCCUGACCUUCUCACGGAAAAAGAAACACCCGGAUCAGGCGUAUAGGAGCCAUGAGUUCUUCGAUGCCUCUUUGGCUCCUCCAUUUCCAACGCGAGGACAAUUGGCCACGACCUCGGAUCAAGCGGACGGUCGAGCUCGGUCCUCCAGAAGGAUGGGCCCAGGGGCCUCAAGUGCCUCUUCAACCAUGGCCCAGCGUCGAGCUCGCUCCGAGGGCCCCGUGAGUCGACGGGUGCGUUCCACCCGUGACGAUGGCCUUCGUCCCACCCACCGUGUGCCUACUUCCAUGGCAGCUAAAUCCGUGAUGUCGGUGCCCUCGGCUUGUAUUCCAGGUCAAGCUAGACGACAGCUGAGCUCCUCCAAGACAUCGACAGCAGCUGAUCAGAUGGAUCCCUUGCAAAUGACAAAUAGUAUGCCAGCCCCUGGAUCUGCAAUGGAAAACGAUCUGAGGAAGAAAACAGUGGAAGAUGCCAGGCGCCCUCAACUGAGUGAGUCGGUUUCCAUGGGACAAAUCCAGAGUGGAGCCAGUGGAAUGGCGGAAAAGCACGUGAUUUCGAUUCCAGAUGGAACGAAUGACCGCUCGAUCUCCACGGCUAGACCCGGCUCGGCUCGCCCUCGCUCCCCCACCAAACGCAUUGUCCCCUCCUCUCGUCCCUCCACCGCCGCCUCAUCCGCCUCCACCCUGCCCGUUAACGGCCAAAGUCCCGCUCCUGAGCCGCCAGGUAGCUCUGCCCCGGGCCAAGCUCAAGCGCUCGGGGGAUGGAGAGUUCACAAGGAGAAGCCGUUGUCCUCGGCGUCAGUGAAACGCCAGAGACCUACCACCCUUAAUACUGCUAGUUCGCCCCGACCUUCGGCUGCUACUUCCACGCAACCACCUUCUAGUUCAGUUCCUACCCAACGAAAACAAAGACCAACCACGACAACCACUGCUUCUACUGCAAAUGCCCAGGUGAACCAAAUGAACCAAGGGCGUGUUGGUGUAGUCUCCUCCUCCUGCUCCUCAUCACGGAGACGAGACAAAUCAGCCUCUGAUGAAAUGGUUCACCAUAGAAUAGAUGAGGACCACAUUGAUACUAGGAGGGAAAUCAAGCCUCAAGCGAAGAAUGAAACUGGAAGCAGUGGGAGUCUGGCUCAUCGCCCGCCAUCGGCCGGGAAGCUAUCAGGACCCGGGGGCUCAGUGCCCGAGGUUGGUCGGUCAGCUCCGGAUAUUACUCGGCGACCAUUUUCUAGAAGCUCUUCGGCCAGAACUGGACCAUCUCGGGAUCACUCGAGACCCCCAUCGGCCAUUGAGAACCACAUGGACUAUUUCCGGGAACCCGUGGUCAAGUCACCACCGGAGCCUACCCGCGUGAAGAGCCCCGAGGGAUCGGUCCGAUCACCCGAUCCGAUUAAUUGGACCGUGCCUUUGGAUACGGGCAAGACGUUCUCCGUGACUCAGAGUGUGAAAGAUGGAGAGUCUGCACGCCACAGUCCGCUCAGUGACCAUUCCAGUCAUUUUGAUAGCGUCUCCGGCACGGCCAUAAAUCUUGGAAGUGGAGCCGGAAGUUUGAGUAGUUGGUCUGGGAAGAAUGAAUCCCACCACAGUGGGCUUCACCAUCACCGAAACCACCAGCCCAAGAUGUCUUCCUUGGCUAAAGAGGCUCGCGAUCUCCAACCCGGACACACCAAGGACUCGACUAUGACCAAACCAGCGUUACCGUCUUCCGCUCAAUCUAGUCGCGAUGACAUUGACGAGAACUCCAAUUCAGCAGACAUGGAGAAGAUCCAACCCGCGGCCAUUCGCGAUCUGCCAGCCUCGGAUCCGAUGAUGACCUCCGUUUACCAACCGGGCUCAACCUUGAAUGAGGCCGACGAUGAAGGGAGCCCUCACGACAACGAUCCUCGCCUCAAUGGAAACGGGACCGUGGAAAAGCACGAGGAAGAAGAGGCCAAGGAGAAGGACAGUCGGAAGGACCAACCCAAGGGUCCGCCCAGCACCACGAAGGCCGUUCCAGGCACAUCGCUCCGUUGCCUGGAGGACCCUUCUUUCGCCUUUGAUGCUUCGCCCAAAGUGAUCCCGCCACCCGAACCCGUGGCCCCAGCUCAACCCUCGCCCCGCAAACCCGCCUAUCGAGUCUUGGAAGAUCCCAUGAUGAUGUCCAUGUACGAUCACUCUACAUCCGCCGAGGCAUCCAAAGCUAAUCCCAACCCUGCAGGAGCUCGAGCUCAUGAAGUCUUGGAAGGGGCGAGAGAGACGUUUGAUAAGUUCUGGGGAGCCCCGCCCCAAGCCCAAACCAAGGAGGGAUUCGAUCCGAAAUAGACCCGACAAGUAUCCCGACAAUUUUUAGUGGCAGGAUUUGAAUUUGAAUGAGGAGACUUGGGUGGUGGUCUCACGAUCAAAAUACUUCAUAGUUCCUCGACCAUCCCUUGGAGGAGCAUUCGAGCACAUGAUUUUGAUUUCGAACAACCGAAUACUUUUGUCUUGAGUGAAGAUCUAUUCUUUUCGCAUCUUACUUUAUAUAAUCAAGGAAUUGACUACGGUAACCCUGCAUAGACAACGGGAACGAACAAUUUCCAAAUUGGUGCUCAAACCAGGAGGAAAAAAAAGCGACAACUUCCCGGUCGAGAUGGGUGGAUUGCUUGGUGGAUUGGUCGUCGGUGACAAAUGGAUCCUUCUCCAAAGAAGUUUCGAUUAGUCUGCAGAGCAAAAUGAACGAAGAAGUGUUGUCACUUGAUCUAUCGAAAAACUACGACAUAACUCUCUACUACUAACUACUACAUAGAAGAAAAAAAAGACAGCCAGACACAGCACACAAAAUGUACUCCUCCUACUUUUCUUUCCUAAAUCUCAUUGUAGCGUCAGCUCUGAAGCGAAAAAAAAGACACCUUGGUUGUUUCCAGGCAAUUUGCACGCGUGAAUGACACGGAUUGGUCUCAAGGUUUUAUCAUUUGAUCAAUAUUUAUUUACCGAAUAAAGUUGUUUAUACAAAUA